AUGGAACACUCUGAUUCUCCCAUAUUUUCAAUGUGCAAAACAGGUGAUUUGCAUGGUGUUAAAAACCUCCUAACCAAUGACCAAACCAGACAACUUUUACAUGCCAAAGAUGCACAUGGAAAUUCUCUCCUCUAUUAUGCUUCACUGUGUGGGAGAAUUUCAUUGGUAAAGUAUCUCUCCGAGUUGGGUUUACGUGACGAUGAGUAUAGAAGAUGUUGGUGGAAUGCCCUUUCAUUACAAACAAGAUCGGUUUUGAAAUUAUUCAAUGAUUACAAGAAUAUUCCAUCGACCAGUUCUGGAAUGAAUACGGAAAGCAAUGUACUUUCAGUGAUGCAUAAAUUAUUAAUGAAAUGUCUACACAAUGAUUUAAAUAAUUCAAGUAGUGAUCAAUUAUUGAGAGAAUCAAAUAGUGGAGAGGAUAUGAUAUUGAGAUUUAAAUUUAAGGAUCAAAAUCAGCCAACAGAGUUCAAAUGUCAAAGUUGGAUAAUUCUCUCGAGAUGGCCUCAAAUUGUAUUAUUUGCUUUGAAGAAAGUUCAACUAGAAAAAGUGAUUAAUUUACCAACUCUUGAUAAGCAUGAAAUGAAUUUAUGUAAAUUGAGUGCUCAAGAUUUUGAAAAUUAUGUGAAAAGAAAUAAUACUAAUGUUAUUCAGCAGAGACUAACAAGGAUUAUUACUCAGGAAAAAAACAAAUUGAAAGAAUUGAAAUCUAGGUAUAGUAUGAUACUUGGAAUACCUAAUUUAGAUAUGUGCAAUCAAGCAUUAGCAAAGGAAAAUUUCGAAAUGGCGCAGACAAAUCUUAAGUGUAUUGAUUUUGGAUCUAUUAACGCCAAUAAGGAACAUUUUGAGUUGGCUCUUACCUAUCUCUACACUACCAAAAUACCACCAAUUAGUGAUAAGUAUGAUAUUUACUGUUUGAUGGAACUUGGAGUUAUGCUCAAUAUGAAAAGUAUGGUUGACCACAUAUUCAAUAUGCUAAGAGAGGCAAAUGAUAACCAACAAGAGGAUGUUCUAUUGAAUGAUUUGGAUCCUAUUAAUUAUCUCUUUAAAGAUUGCAAGUCAAAGAUUGAUUCCUUGAAAAAAACGAGUUGCAACAUGGGACUAAAGAUGGUCAACUCUACUGAUGGAAAGAUUUUGCUAUGCCACAAGAGUAUUGCAAUGUCUAGAUGUGCUUUCUUUGAUGUACUUGGAAAUUGUGAUUUUGAAGAUGGUUUGAAAUUCAAACAGCAAGAAGCCACACAUGAGUUACCAGUUAUGGAACUACAACAAUUCUCUUUAGAAUCCACACUUCAAACUCUAUUAAGAUAUAUAUAUUGUGAAAAGGCAGAGAUUACAAAGUCAAAUGCAGUUGAACUGAUGCACAUUUCAGAUUUAUACGGAUUGUCAUCUCUUUCUGACAAAUGCGAACAGUUUUUAUGUGAAAAUACCACAUCAAGGGAUGGAAACUUGUUCGAAUUGUACAAACUCUCCAUUGAAAUGGAACGAAAGAAGUGGCAACGAUCCUUAGAACCUAAAGCCCUCGAAUUUAUAGAAGAACAAACGAGAAGGCAAAAAAUUAACCAAGCUGAAAUUGUGAGAGAUUUGGAAGACCUUGAUUUGAAUCCUGAUACUAUCAAAAAGUUUAAGAAUGCCUCCAAUUCUGCCAAUUAA